AUGAGCCAUGAGCAGUUGGCCAGCAUCAAGAUCAAUCAAGAUCGAUUGAUGAACGACAUACACACGACCUGUGAAUGGGGCAAAGGCGAGCCAUGGGGCGACGGUCCCACAGAGACAGGCAUGUCUCGCCUUUCCCUCUCGGAUACCGACAAGCAAGCUCGCGACUGGUUCGCCGAGACUACGACUUCGUUAGGAUGUAAAGUGCACACAGACCAGAUGGGAAACCAGUUCGCCAUCAGACCCGGGCUCUCCAACGACGAGCCACCAACUUACGCCGGCAGCCAUCUCGAUACCCAACCCACAGGCGGCCGAUACGAUGGCAUCCUAGGAGUCACUGCCGCGGUCGAAAUGCUGCGGACAUUGAACGACAACUGGAUCGAGACCAACUACCCAGUGGGCGUAGUCAACUGGACAAACGAGGAAGGUGCCCGCUUUCCAAUGUCCAUGGUCUCAUCCGGUGUUUGGGCCGGCAGCGUACCGCUCGAGAAAGCACAUAAUCUCAAAUCCGUCAUUCCAUCCAACGACACCGCAACGAUGAAAAGCGAGCUCGAACGAAUCGGCUACUUGGGCAAGGUACCAGCGAGCUACAAGUCAACGCCCAUGGCUGCGCACUUUGAACUGCAUAUCGAACAAGGCCCGAUCCUAGAAGCUGAGAACAGACGCGUUGGUGUCGUGCAAGGCGUGCAAGCGUACAAGUGGUUUACGGUCACCGUUCGAGGCCGGGACUCGCAUACUGGGGCCACUUCGUUCCAGCAUCGUGCUGAUGCUUUGCUUACUUCGGCCAAGAUGAUUCUGGCUUCGCAUAAGAUCGCUACGCGGCACAAAGCUCUUGCUUCGACCGGAAUUUUGGGCCUGAAGCCUGGCUCCACGAAUACUGUGCCUGGCUUCGUGAAAUUCUCGCUCGACAUCCGCGCACCACUCGACGAGACCGUCGAGGCGGUUGAGAAAGACUGCCGACAAGCUUUCGAAGCUAUAGCGGCAGGCGAGAAUGCUUACGGUGUUAAUGAUCUCUGCCACCCAUCUGACCGUCAAUGCAGCGUCGAGUGGGUGACAGACUUCGUCAGCCCAGCCACACACUUCCACGACGAUUGCAUCUCGUGCGUUCAGCAGGCUGGUUCGGACUUGUGCGGAGGGGGAGAAGUGAAUGGAAAGGGCAUUGGUGCUUGGGGCAAGCUGAUGACGAGUGGUGCGGGACACGACUCCGUGUACACGAAUAAGCAUUGCCCGACCAGCAUGAUUUUUGUGCCUUGUAGGGAUGGAGUGAGUCAUAAUCCCGCGGAGUACUCAAGUCCGGAUCAGUGUGGCGAUGGGGCGAAUGUGUUGAUGGGAGCGGUGCUAAGGUAUGAUCGGCUGAGGGGGCAGAGGUAG